GCCGCCAAGGGCCCCCGCGGCCAGCCCCAGCCCCUGCUCCCCGGCCACGUCCUGCAGCGCCACUGCGAAGCGGCCCCGGCCGCGGCCGGCCCCGGCUGCGCCCUGCUGCCCGACAAGAGCCUGGGCGGCGCCAAGGGCAAGGAGCCCGUGGUGUACCCCUGGAUGAAGAAGAUCCAUGUGAGCACGGUCAAUCCCAAUUACACCGGAGGGGAGCCCAAAAGGUCUCGCACUGCCUACACCAGGCAGCAGGUCCUGGAGCUGGAGAAGGAGUUCCACUUUAACCGGUACCUGACCAGGAGGCGACGCAUUGAGAUCGCGCACACGCUCUGCCUCUCCGAGCGCCAGGUCAAGAUCUGGUUCCAGAACAGGAGGAUGAAGUGGAAGAAAGACCACAAACUGCCUAACACCAAGAUGCGCUCCUCCAACUCCUCCACCCUUAGUCAGCCAUCCAAAGCACAGACAGCGGGCCACCAUCAGCUGGAUGGCUCCACACCAAACUCCUCAGCGCUAUAAUUAUUUUUGAUACAUAGAGAGAGAGAGAGAAAUAUAUGUUUGUUUGUGUUUUUUUUCCCCAGCUGCCUAUUUUUGUUGCUGGUGGUUGACCAUUCGGACCAAACAACUGUGUAAAAAAAAAAAAAAAAAAGAAAAAGAAAGAAAAAGCCCAGAACAAAAA